UCAAACUUUCCCUAAUAGUAUAUUUGAUUCCCAAAUUGUUUUAACUUUUAAUUUAUUUCUACGAUGCAGAUUCACGACAUUUUUGUUAGCUAUUCUUCUCGUCGUUUUUAAUUUGCUGUUUAUAACUGCAAGGUAGGUGCUGCUUAGUUUAGAGUUUAAAAAUGGAUAAAAGAAACAACGUACGUAUGGAUGCGUAGUUUAUGUUCAUAUUACAAAUGGGUCAUGUUAAAAAAAAAAAAAAAAAAAUGGGUCAUGUUCAUAUUCAAAUACUACAAAGUAGUUUGAUUGCGUAGCAAAAAAAGUAGUUUAAUUGAACAAAAGACCAACUUCGUAUGGGGUGAAAAUAAAAAUAACUUUUUUUUUGGCAAAAAACAUAGAAUCACAUUGUAGAAAAAUACAUUGUUUUAUUUUUGAUAGAAAAAACAUGAAUCGAAUUUUCGGAACAAUGUAAAAUUACAUUUCUUAUAGAAAAAUAUAAAUCAGAUAAUCAUAGUUUUUUUUUUUAAAUUAAAACUUUAUUUUUGGAAAAAGUAAAAAUCAUAGUUUUUUUGUUAGAAAAGAUAAAAUCAGCUUUUAAAAAGAAAAUAUGAAAUCAACUUCUUAAUUUCUUAUAGAAAAACAUAAAUCAUAUAAAAGUUGACAUCUCUCAAUGUAAUUUUCUCCACAGAUUUAUUCCCAACUUGGAUCACAUUUUAGAUUUAUAAUCAUAUGUGCGUGUGAACACGGUUGAUAAUAACGCGAAAGAGUUUUUAUACAUUUAAAAAAAAAAAAAAACAAUGAAUCAUUCAAGAUGAUGAUAAACUUCCAAAUGACAAUUAAUACAGUAGGAUACUACUACAACCCACAAAAAAAGUAAUAAAUAGUACAAUAUAUAUUACCAUAAAAGAAACGAUUUAAUUUUGUUAUUGUUGAGUAGAAAGGAACUUAGGAAAGAAGCAAACGGUGUAACGUACCAUAAUUUGAAGCACACCCAUGAUGCUCCUCUUCCUUCCUCUCUAAUCUCUAUGUUUUAUAGAUUACGUGUCUUUCAUUCCCCUCCCCCCCAAACAACAAAAACCCUUCCAAACCUAUUCGAAUUCCCAUUUUCAUCUUCUCCUCUAAAUUCACCACAAAACCUCCCCUUCUUAUCCUAAAUCCUCCUCCUUAUCAACACCCACAUUCUCUUUAAAGUUAUCGCCUUUUCGUGUUUUUUUUUCAUUGUUUUUGACUCCGUUGAUCUCUCUGAUUGUGUGUUGUCUGAUCGGCGUUUCGUGAGUGUGUCACCUUAUAGGGAAAGAUUCGAAUUUUUUGGAGACAAUGACGUGUUGCUCGUGUUUUGGUCCGAGGAGAAGACACGACGUGACGAAGAAUCCAAAGCUCAUCAAAGGCUUUUCCGAUCACAAUUCCCGACCUGACCAACCUUCUUCUUCUGCUAAUCAAGCAAGAGCUUCACAGGAUUCUGAAACACAGCAAGAUUCUAGCAAGCGAACUGAAUGUUUCACUUACCGAGAACUCGCCACCGCUACUAACAACUUCAGGCUCGAAUCUAUGAUCGGACGUGGCGGUUUCGGUUCUGUUUACAAAGGAAUGUUAGAAACUACUCCUGGACAGUUGAAGAAUGUGGCUGUUAAGAUGCUUGAUACAAGUGGUCAUCAAGGAGACAAAGAGUUUCUCGUGGAAGUACUAAUGCUCUCCCUCCUGCGCCACGAACACCUCGUGACUUUGUUCGGUUACUGCGCUGAAGGAGACCAAAGACUCCUCGUCUAUGAGUACAUGCCUUUUGGAUCCGUAGAAGAUCAUAUCCACGGUUACGGAUCUGAAGAAGAGGUUUUAGAUUUGAGCACAAGGAUGCAGAUAGCGUUAGGAUCAGCCAAAGGGUUAGCGUAUCUUCACAACGUAGCUCAACCUCCUGUGAUCUACAGAGACUUGAAAACCGCAAACAUAUUGCUAGACCAUGGCUAUAAAGCUAAGCUCUCUGAUUUUGGGCUUGCUAAGUUUGGUCCGAGCGGUGACAUGUCUCAUGUCUCCACUAGAGUGAUGGGAACUCACGGGUAUUGCGCACCGGAGUACGCCAGCACGGGGAAGCUGACGACGAAAUCUGAUAUCUAUAGCUUUGGAGUAGUGAUGCUGGAGCUUAUCACUGGACGCAAACCUAUUGGGGACGCAUGCAUGGGUGCAAAACGUUUGCUUGUGAACUGGGCGUUGCCGUUGUUUAGGGACCAAGAGAUAAGAAAGAUUGCAGAUCCGAUGUUGUCAAUACAAGGCCAUCAUUACAUGGAAGAAGCUGUGGAGAGAGCACUUGUGUUGGCGUAUAUGUGUUUGAGAGAAGAUGCAAACGCUAGGCCAACGGUCAAGGAAGUGGUGGAGGCUUUAGAUAACAUAGUUAGGUUCAUAGAGCGGAAGAAGAAGAAGAAAGAGAGAAAUAUUGGAUAUGGAAGAAGAGUGGAGUUGGAGAAGAAAGGUGCAGUGGCGGUGAGCUCACCGAAGGAGACGACGAGGAUGUUGAGUGUAAAUGAAAUAGAAGUAGAAGUAGAAGUAGAAGAAGAAGAAGAAGAUUUGGAGAGGGAAAGAGCUGUUGCUGAUGCUAAGAACUGGGCUGAGACUAUGAGAGCGUUGAGGAGACAGAGUAAUGAGCCACCAAAGCAGACAACUCCUUAGUCCUCUGUUUAUGUUAGGAACUGGUCAUAGUGAUUAUACAAAUGGUGAACAAAAGAGAUUAUUAAUACAGAGAAAUCUCACAUUUUGCAUUUGGUUGAAAUGUGGAGAGAUCAUAUAAACUUUUAAUGUGUUUUGGUGGAGUUUUUAGUUAAAAAUAUAUGAAAUUAUUUAAAAUCCUA